UUCAAAACAAGAAACCCUUAUAAAAUAUGUCAGAGAGAAAAAUGCGUUUAUUCCGGUUCAAAUAACUACGAUGGGGAUUUAAAGAAAUCAGAAGGAUGGCUAGUAUAUUGGGACACUUACAUUUCUGGUCGAUGAGAAAACUGGCCGCAGGAACUGGUCUUGAUGUUGGUACAAAUUGCUAUCAUGAGAAAAUAUCAGGUAAUACAGGUGAUGAUGGUUAUGCACAGUACAAGAGACUAUCGGGAGAACAGAGAGGAAUAUCAUGGACACCAAAAAACAAGAGGCCUGAUAAACUAAGAGACAGUCUAAGAGAGUGUGAGGAAAUGCUACAAAACUACAAAGUUACUUUUACAAGAUGGAGAACUCUAAGGAAUAUACAGAUGGUAUUAAGUAAUGGUACAAUUCUAUCAUUCCUUGUGGCCAGUAACUCUGGUGAUGUGGAUGCUAUAUUUAUUGAUAAAUCACUGGUAGGAAAAAUACCUGAUCAAGUCUGCCAUGCUGUCAUAACAGAGGGAUUCCUGGUCUUCUCUUUCCUGGACAAAGCAAAACUGUUUUAUGUUUACCUUGGUAAAAAAUCAAGUCUGGACUUGAAAAAAGCUGAACGAAUCUCAUCCCUUGAACCAAAGAUGUCAUAUGCGGAAUUCCCUGGUCCGAGUAACAAGCRAAUUGAAAGACGUCUGUCAGUCAACCAACGCCAAGACAUGGUUGCUGUUUGGUGGGCAACACAGAGUGAUGAGGCGUGGCCCUGGUCUCCCAACUCAGAGAAGGAUAGAUCAAACAUGAUUAUCUUUGGACUUAAUGGAAACAAGUUGGAAAUGCUGUGUUACGUCAGAACAGAAUGUGAUCCGUUGGAUUUGUCAUUCAGUUACAACCAGCCUCAUCAUGUCCAUACAGUGGAACAGUCAUUGCCAGGUGGAGAUAUCUCAAGUAUUGAUAGCUGUAUUUAUGAAUAUACCAAAAAUAAGAUUGAGAGAGUAACAGUAACUACAAUCCCUAUCAACUCGCCUGUUACUGUACACCAAAGAAACCAUGCUGAAGAUAAGCUACUUCUUGGAUGUCAAGAUGGAACUCUUAUGCUUUAUGACAGUCACAGAAGAAUCACUCAGAUGACGAAAGCAGCAAUUAUGCCUUCUCAUAUCCAAUGGCACCCAGCAGACACCAUUGUUCUUGUAUGCAGCGAGAGAGGAGAGAUCCAGGUCUUUGACAUGGCUUUAGCUCUAGUAACCAUUCAACUCGUUGCCGAGAAUCCCAAGCCAAGGAAGAUAUUACCACUCUAUCGAUACUUCCAGAAUCCUGUUAAGCUGGAUCUGGUUUCAUGGUCAUGUGAGGCCCCCAUCAUGAACAUCAGCGAAGGCAGUGUUGGUUGCCAUGACAACCUCUUGAUAAUUUUUGACGGGGGUCCCGUGUGUAUGUUAAGGGUCGAACUGGGUGUUAUGAGUCAUGGUAAACUAGGUGCUGUCGAACUGGUCUCGGAGUACAUCAAACACAGCCAGGGAGACGAGGCGGUAAAUUUUCUAAACAGCAUGAACUGGAACACAGAAGGCAAUGCUUGUUUCGCAUGUAUGACACUGAUCAUGAACUAUCUGUUGAGACUGACUCUCAACUCUGAGCGAGAAGGACUCCUGGAAGAGACGUUAGGAAGCUUCUAUGCACCAAGCAGACCCCUUAGUGAUGUAACAGUUUUACAGUAUAGAGAUCCUAUUAGCAGAUUGUCGCGAAGGUUCUUCCAUCAUCUUUUGAGAUACAAGAGGUUCGAGAAGGCGUUUCUUCUAGCCGUAGACAUCGGAGCCAAAGAUUUGUUCAUGGAUAUUCAUUACCUUGCGACAGAUGUUGGGAAUUAUGCCCUGGCUGAUGUAGCUAAGCAAAGAUCUAUACAGAUAGAUAAUGAUUCGCUGAGCGCCUCAGAUACCACUGAAUCAUAUGAGGACGAUGAUUCCUACCAAGGCUCGGCUCAAGACGUAGAGGCCCUGGUCUCCAACGACCAAAGGUCAUAUGACCAGGGACGGGUCAGCCAAUCAAGAGGCCAGCCUUUAGGAAGGGUUGAUAAUGAUAGUACGGUCUUGGGUCUAGCCAAUCCUAGAAGAGCGGAAACAACACCCCAGGCUUCCUUGAAUAGUAGUAAUCCACAGGAGUCCCAAGCUUCUGGUGCUGCUUCGGCAUCUGCUAGUGGAACUCUGAAAAUCGUUCAUUUUGGAGUAGUUUGAACGAAAUGGAAUGGAAUGGAAAGGGAAUGGAAUCAUCUUGAUGAAGACGUGAAUGGAGCAAGGUCUGUUAGUGACGUGCAUCCCUUAUAAAAAGGGUAAAAGACAUGGGCGCCAUAUUGGUCAACAUUGAUCAAGACUCAAGCGACUAUGACGUCACAUGCAUCCCAACCAUUUUCCACAAACAACGGUCUGCUAUUUAAGGCCGCCUUCAAAAUGUCUUUCUAUUUUUGGAAACUGUGCUGUUUUCCUGUAAUUGGCAAGAGAUAGAUUCCAUUAUGAGUUUGCUCAAGUAAAUGGUUUAUCAUAUUUUUUUAGCCCGAACCACCUGUGACAUGACUCCUGUCUUGGAGCUUGGGCUACUUGUGGAAUAACUUCCUAUAUGUGACGUCGCAACCUUGCAUAACGGACCUAAUGUCAGCGUAAUAUCAUAUGCUUCAAUACAAAAUUUGCCUUUUAGAUCUCUCGAAAAGGCGCAAAAGAUGUGUAAAUAUUCUUUAAUUAAUGUUCAUGUAACUUAGGGAAAAUAAAGACAAGAUGAAUGAUUCUUCAAAGUCAAGAACUAA